GAUCUCUACAGCUGUCUGUCUUCUUUCAUUAUGGGGAUCACUGGGUAUAGUGUGCAUCUUGGAGUAUGGCUUGGGUGUUUGGCUUUUGUUUUGGCACAGGAUCAAAGUAAAUAUUUUGGAUCAGAGGGUUCUGAUGGUGCUUUUCACAGAUGCCAAGUCAGUGACUUUGCCAGAGUGCCAUGUGGAGACCCUGAUAUUAGUGGUGCUGGCUGUGAAGCUCUCCACUGCUGCUUUGACCAACAGUGUUACUAUGCAAAUGAAGUUACUGUCCACUGUCUCCAGGAUGGCCAGUUCAUGGUUGUGGUGUCCAGAGCUGCCACCUUUCCUCUGCUUGACCUUGGUUCUGUGAACAUGCUGGAGAGUCACAGUGGUGGUUACUGUGGUCCUGUUAGUGCCUCGCCUGCUUUUGCGGUCUUCCAAUUCCCAGUCAGUGCCUGUGGAACUACUGUGAAGGUGGAAGGGGAUUAUGUGGUCUAUGAGAACAGGAUAUCAUCCACAUAUGAAGUGGGGGUUGGAGCUUUAGGCUCCAUCACUAGGGACAGUGUUUUUGAGCUGGACUUCCAGUGCAGCUAUUAUGGCAGUGAGGUGGUUUCUCUGGUGGCUGAGGUGAAUACGGUGCCUCCUCCGCUUCCUGUAGCUGCUCCAGGGCCCCUUGAUGUGGAGCUCAGACUGGCUAGUGGGCAAUGUGGUGCCAAGGGAGAAAAAGGAGUUGAAGGAUGCAGUGAUGCGGAGGUGUAUAGUGACUACUACAGGGAUGCGGACUACCCUGUGACUAAGGUGCUACGAGACCCUGUGUAUGUGGAAGUGCGGAUCUUGGACAAGACCGACCCACACCUUGUCCUGCUUCUGGAAGAUUGCUGGGCUACAUCCACCUCUAGCCCCCUCAGCCUGCCCCAGUGGAGCCUCUUGGUUGAUGGGUGUCCCUACCGUGAUGACCGUUACCAGACGUCCUUGGUUCCUGUGGAUGGCUCAUCUGGACUUCCCUUCCCCACCCACUACAAGCGGUUUAUUGUGCAGAUGUUUACCUUUGUGGAUCCUGCAUCCUAUGUUCCACUGAAGGAAAUGGUCUACAUCCACUGUAGUACCCAAGUUUGCCACCCCACUGCUUCUGACCGCUGUGACCAACAAUGUAGUGGUAGAAAACAAAGGAGGUCUGUUCCUGUAGGGAAGCGGUCCAUAGACGAAAAGGCUGUGGUUUCCAGUAAGGCAGUGAUGGUGACCAAUACAGAGCCCUCAGGCCAGAGUCUGCACAGUGCAGUGCCCUGGUCCAUCAGCUAUGGUCUUCUGGGAGGUGCUGCCUGUGUGUUGCUGGUCUCCUCCCUGGCACUGGCCAUUUCUUUCAUGAAGCAAUCUCAUGUACAAGUGAAGGUGUGAUUCAAAAAUAAAGCUCUUAUUGAAAA